AUGUCUGCGGCACAAGUGUCCAAGGCAGUGGCCGUCGAGACCCAGCACGAGGACAUGAUCCACGAUGCCCAGCUCGACUACUACGGCAAGCGACUCGCGACCGCAUCGUCGGACAAGACUGUCCGCAUCUUCAACGUCGUCAAGGGCGAGGCCAAAGGCGACCCCAUCGUUCUGAAGGGUCACACCGCGCCUGUCUGGCAAGUGUCGUGGGCGCACCCUUCGUUUGGAUCCAUCCUCGCUUCGUGCUCGUAUGAUGGCCGUGUGUUUAUCUGGAAGGAGGUCGGACAGGGACAGGGCAAGGGAUCCGGCGGCGAGCUGCAGGACGGCUGGGAGCGUAUCAAGGAGCACACCUUGCACUCGGCCAGCGUCAACUCGAUCGCCUGGGCUCCUUACGACCUCGGACCGAUCCUCGCGUGUGCCUCCAGCGACGGCAAGAUCUCCGUCCUUUCCUUCCAGAACGACGGCUCGACCGACGCCGUCAUCUUCAACGCUCACGGUGCCGGCGCCAACGCCAUCUCGUGGGCUCCCUCUGUUGUCCCAUCGCCUGGUGCCCCCAAGCCCGCACCGGGACAGCAGGUUGUUGCUCAGAAGCGCUUCGUGUCGGCCGGCUCGGACAAUGCUAUCCGCGUCUGGUCCUACGACGAGACUGCCAAGAAGUGGACCGAGGAGGAGGAGAUCAAGGGUCACGAGAACUGGGUUCGUGACGUCGCCUGGGCCCCGAACAUCGGCCUCCCCGGCAUGUACAUUGCCAGCGCUAGCCAGGACCGCACCGUGCUCAUCCACACCCGCACGUCGUCAACCGCGCCAUGGGACACUGUCGCUCUGAAGCCCAACGCCCCCCAGUCGGACGACCCCCACUUUGCCGACGCGGUCUGGCGUGUGUCCUGGUCCAUUGCCGGCAACAUUCUCGCCGUCUCGUGCGGCGACGGCAAGGUCUCCCUCUGGAAGGAGGGUGUCGGCAAGGGAUGGGAGUGUGUGAGCGACUUUUCCAGCUAG